GAUCGAGCAUAGUUAUUGUAAUAAAUAAAUAAUAUUUAUCAGUAUAUCACACAUUAAUUGUGUCACGAACGUGUUACGUCUCGUUACUGUUACUAGAAUAAUUAAGUAUUUAUUUUUUAAUUAAGUUUAGGUACCGUAAGAUUUUUCAAUUAUUACGCGUGAUAAAAUGUUACGUCCAGCUCUUACAGUGACUAUGUUAGUCUUAUCCGUGGCAUACUCGAGAUGUGAGAAAGGUUCGUGCCCGCCCACACUGUCGGUGGAAAUUUGCGAGGCGGCUUGCGGACCCACGGCGCCGUGUAACUCGACGCAAAUGUGCUGUCCCACCGCGUGCGGCGGCUCCAUGUGUGUGGACCCUAUGACUCUGAGGCAUUUCGUCACACUAGUGAAGCCAGGCAAGUGCCCGGAGUUCCCGCGAGGAGUGUGGGUCUGCAGCCACUCGUGCACCGGCGACUCGGACUGCCCCCGGACCCUCAAAUGCUGCCCCAACAGAUGCGGCGCGCUGACCUGCCAGAGACCGGACGUAGAUGAUACGAUAUAGUUCUUAGGGUUCCGUAUUUUGAAAUAAAACUUAUUUAGGUGCGACUUGUUAGUACCUAACUCAGAUCUUUUUCUGGACGUAUUAAAAAUGUCAGCUGAACAAGA